AUGAAAAUGUUGUUGCCAUGGGAACUGUUAAUCCUUCUGUCACUCAAAGAGUGCCUGGCUGAGAACACUCGGCACGGACCUGUCUUCACCCAGGAGCCCAGUGACAGUAUAUUCCCCCUGAGUACUGAUGAUAAGCAGGUGUUUAUUAAUUGCAAAGCAAAGGGAAACCCACCUCCACAUUAUAGGUGGAAAAUAGAUGGCAGUGAAAUAAACACAGAGAGCGAUCCAAGCUACAGCCUCGUGGAGGGGAACCUGUUGAUCAGUAAUCCUCAUGUCAUCAAUCAUGGGGGAGUGUAUCAGUGCAUCACCACCAAUGCGUUCGGGACUGUUGUCAGCAGGGAGGCCAAAGUCCAAUUCGCAUUUCUGCAGAACUUCAGCAGGAAGACGAGGAACACGGUGUCAGUGAGAGAGGGUCAAGCUGUGGUUCUGCUCUGCGGCCCGCCACCCCAUUACGGAGAGAUCAAAUAUUCUUGGGUUUUCAACGGACAGCGGAGUUUCCUGCAACAAGACGCCCGUCGUUUCAUCUCUCAGAGGACAGGCAACUUGUACAUAGCCAAAGUUGAAGCCUCGGAUGUGGGGAACUACACGUGUGCGGUGAGAAACAUGAUGACCAACACCACCGUGUUCAGCUCUCCAACCCCUGUGGUGGUGCGGAGGGACGCAGUGAUGGGUGAAUACGAGCCAAAGAUUGAGGUUCAGUUUCCCGAAACCCUUCAAGUCUCUAAAGGAUCAUCAGUGAAGCUGGAGUGCUUUGCCUUAGGAAACCCUGUGCCUUCCAUCUCAUGGAGAAGAGCUGAUGGAAACCCACUCCCUGGCAAGAUAAAAAUCAACCACUCCAGUGGGGUUCUGGAAAUUCCAUAUUUUCGCCCGGAGGAUGCCGGCGUAUACGAGUGUGUAGCUGAAAACAGCAGAGGACGAAAUGUUGCCAGAGGGCAACUUGUAUUCCACAAUGUUGAACAUCUGCACUGGGUCCAGACGCUGAAAGAUGCUCACAUGGCGAUAGAUGCUAAUCUGCAGUGGGAAUGUAAAGCCAUUGGUAAACCCAGGCCUACAUACAAAUGGCUAAAGAACGGUCAAACGUUAACAGCAGAGGGGAGGAUCCAUGUGGAAUCUGGUCGACUGACCAUAUCCAGGAUUAGUCUUUUGGACUCUGGGAUGUAUCAGUGUGUGGCAGAGAAUGAACAUGGAGCUGUUUAUGCCAGCGCUGAGCUCAAGGUUGUAGCCUCCCCACCGGACUUCACCCGGCGGCCCGUGAAGAAGUCCACGGUGAUCCAGAGGGGGGGCGAGGUGGUCCUGGAGUGUCGCCCCCAUGCCUCCCCAAGGGCUGCAAUCUCCUGGUGGAAAGGGGGUGAACCCCUGAAGGACAGCAAGAGACAGACCAUCAUGCAGGAUGGGACUCUACGUAUCACCAACAUCUCCAAAUCUGAUGGAGGCAGAUACACGUGUUUGGCCAGAAACAAUUUUGGAACAUCCAGCAGCACUGGGACACUGGUGGUGAAAGAGCCAACUAGGAUCAUAGUGCCCCCCUUGAGUUUGGACGCCACUGUGGGACAGAGUCUUGUGCUGCCAUGCGAGGUGUCCAGUGAUUCGUCCCUGAGUCCCAUCUUCAAGUGGUUCUUCAGUGGGAAAGCCAUUGAUUUCAGCAGGCAGGAGCACUUUGAGAUGAUUGGAGGGGGAUUUGCAGGUGACCUGAUGGUGAGGAACAUUCAGCUGAAGCAUUCUGGGAAGUAUGUGUGUAUGGUACACACUGAAGUUGACACUGUCUCAGCGGCAGCAGACUUAAUUGUCAGAGGACCUCCUGGUGCCCCGGAGGGCCUGGUGGUGAGUGGCAUUACUGACACCACUGUACAUCUGUCCUGGGGCUCCGGACCUGACAACCACAGUCCUGUUACCAUGUACAUGGUGCAGGCCAGGACUGCCUUCUCUAUAGGCUGGCAGACUGUGAGAACAGUUCCUGAUUCUGUGCCUGGACAGAUGAUGCAUGCAACAGUAAAAGAUUUGAACCCCUGGGUGGAUUAUGAAUUCAGGGUGGUGGCAAUCAACAGUGUUGGCGUUGGAGAACGCACGCCAUCAAAACAGAUUCGAACCAAAGCAGCAGUUCCCAAGGUUGCACCAGUUAAUGUGAGCGGUGGCGGAGGAGCUCGAGGAGAACUUGUCAUCAUGUGGGAGCCAGUUCCAGAGGAACAGCAGAGCGGUGAGGACUUUGGCUAUGUCGUGGCUUUCCGCCCGCUUGGCAGCAACACCUGGAUCCAAACAGUGCUGGCAUCACCUGAUGCAUCGAGAUAUAUUUACAGAAACGACAGCAACGCACCUCUCUCCCAGUUUGAAGUGAAAGUGGGAGUCUACAACAGCAUGGGAGAGGGGCCGUUCAGCCACGUUGUCAGAGUCUUUUCUGCAGAAGAAGAGCCCUCUGAGGCGCCAUCAAGAGUUUGGGCCCGCGCUGUGUCAUCCUCUGAGAUUGAGGUGUACUGGGAACCCAUUCCCCCUGGGGCCAACAGCGAGAAGAUCAUUGCAUACGAGGUUCUCUUUUGGGAGAGAGGAUCUCAGCAGAGUGAAGCGGAGACAGUGAGAGUUAUCGACACCACAGCUCUGCUCUCUGGCUUGAAGGGCAGCACAGUCUAUCUGAUCUCAGUCAGAGCCCAAAACAGCGCUGGACUCGGACCCUGCAGCUCUACUUUUAACAUCACCACCAAGAAACCACCUCCGAGUCAGCCUCCAGGGAAUAUUGAGUGGAACCUGACCAACUCGAAGAUCUCUCUGAAUUGGGAACACGUCAAGGCGAUGGAAAAUGAGUCUGAGGUGACAGGAUACAAGGUUGUGUAUCGGCAGAACUGGCACGGCAGAACGACAGUACUGGAAACCAAUAAGACCAGUGUUGAGCUGCAAAUCCCCUCCGGAGAGGACUACCUCAUUGAGAUCAAAGCUCUGACCGAAGGCGGCGAUGGCACCAGCAGCGGCCCCAUCCGCAUACCAAAGAUGUCCAGUAAGUUUCCAAUACUAUGCGGCAUGCAAAUGAUUGCAGUUGGAAUUAAGCAGAGAGGAGGCAGUGGGAUGGGUGCACUCUGUGUAACUAAUCCCCUGUGUGACUGA